GAAAGCCUUAUUCUUUAUCUGCUUCUUUAUAUCAUAUCAUUAUCAUGGCUCCCUAUUACUCUAUCCCAUCAAUUCUCACUACAAUUAAGUUCUGCCUGUUAUUCCCACUUCUUGUGGGGAUGGUCUCUGCUCAGUUGUCCUCUGAUUUCUAUGCAACCUCAUGCCCUAAUGCCCUUUCCACCAUUAAAUCGGCUGUAGAGUCUGCAGUGUCAAGUGAGGGACGUAUGGGAGCAUCCCUACUCCGCCUUCACUUUCAUGACUGCUUUGUUAAUGGAUGUGAUGCAUCCGUACUAUUGGAUGAUACAACAACUAGCCAAGGAGAGAAAAAUGCUACUCCGAAUGCUUCUCUAAGGGGUUUUGAAGUGAUAGACACUAUCAAAUCUCAGUUGGAGAAUUUGUGCCCCGGUGUUGUGUCUUGUGCUGAUAUUUUAGCCGUUGUUGCAAGAGAUUCAGUUGUUGUUCUAAGCGCACCUAUUUGGAGUUGGCCUGUUGAUUUGGGCAGAAGAGACUCCACCACUGCAAGUUCUGCUGCCGUUAAUUCCAACAUCCCUAGUCCAACCUUAGAUCUUAGUGGCCUUAUCAACGCCUUCUCAAACAAAGGUUUCACUGCCAAUGAAAUGGUGGCUUUGUCAGGAUCUCACACAAUUGGCCAAGCAACUUGCGGAAACUUUCGAACCAGGAUUUACAAUGAAACCAACAUAGAUUCCUCAUACGCAACUUCGUUGAAAUCAAACUGUCCAAGCACUGGCGGUGAUUCCAAUCUUGCCCCUCUAGAUGUAACUACUCCAACAACCUUUGACAAUGCUUACUACACGAAUUUGAUAAACAAAAAGGGUCUCUUGCACUCGGAUCAGCAACUCUUUAGCGGAGGUUCCACUGAUUCCAUAGUUACCAAUUAUAGCAACAACGUGGGAGCCCUCAUAACAGACUUUGCCAACGCAAUGGUGAAGAUGGGAAGACUGAGUCCAUUCACAGGCACAAGCGGCCAAAUAAGGAAAAAUUGCAGGAAAGCCAACUGAGUAAUUGAGGCACUAGAGUAUGCUGUUUUAGUGUCCAUUUUUAUUGUUCAUCACUUUUUUUGUUGUUGAAAAAAUAAAGACAUUAUUGCUCGUUUGAAUUAGUUUUCUAUUGUCAAUUUUGAGCACAAGUUCAGAGACAUAUUGGCAUUUGUAUGACAAGAAUUGUCCAUCAUGCAUUGUAUAUAUUCCCGGAUCUUGGCUCAAGUGGAGUGAUUAAUAAUAUUGUAGUAUUAAAUUCAAAUGUUGGGUCGAA